AUGAAGACCGCCGCCAUUCUCAUCAGCGCCCUCCUUGGUGCCGUGUCCGCCCAGGACAUCAACUCCGUCCCUGAGUGUGGCCGAACCUGCAUCACGAACAUGCUGCAGGAGCAGGCCAACCUGGGCUGCCCUCCCGUCAAUGGCCAGCCCGACCCCUCAUGUCUUUGCAAGAACGCCGACUUCAGCUACGGUCUGCGCGAUUGCGCCAACCAGGCUUGCGGCGCUGAUGUCGAGGCCGCUGUCGUUUCGUACGGUGUGAGCUACUGCUCUUCCGCUGGUGUAUCCGUCCCCACCACUGUCGUCACUGGCUCUCCUUCUGCCACCGGCUCUGCCACCGAGAGCGGUUCUGCGAGCGGUUCUUCUACCGAGAGCGGCUCUGCCACUGAGUCCUCGAGCGCCAUUACCACGUCGUCUUUCGCCACCACCAUCACCAGCGGUGACUCGACCAUCACCACCUCCGCUGCCACCACCAUCUUCGGAGUCGGUGGUGCAGGCUCGUCCGCCUCCAGCGUCGCUUCAGAGGCUUCCUCGUCUGCGUCCAGCGUUGCCGAGUCUGCUUCCAGCGCCGCCUCGGGCGCCGCCAGCUCUGCCUCCGGUGCUGCCAGCUCCGCCUCCGGUGCCGCUGGCUCUGCCGCUUCCAGCGCUGCGGGCGAGGCAACCAGCUCUACCGCUGGUGGCUUUGCGCCUAAGAUGACAGCUGCCCCAGCUGCCGGCUUCUUGGCUGCCGCCGGUGUCGCCGCCAUGUUCCUCUAA